GUGAUUGGCCGGAGGACGCGCUGACGUCACUCGGAGUUGGCGGGAAGCCGUCUUGUUGCCGGAAGUGGUGCUGUCAGCAUGGACCUGGAGCGGUUCGAGCGGGACAAUUCUCAGAACUGUCUGUUGUCCUCUCCGGUACCGGAGCUGUGUAGCCGGGAAGCCUGCUGCCUAGGGAUCGAUGAAGCCGGGAGGGGCCCCGUCCUGGGCCCCAUGGUAUAUGGCAUAUGUUAUUGCCCUGUAUCCCGAAAGAAGGAUUUGGAGGACCUGAAAGUUGCAGACUCCAAGACAUUGAAUGAGGCUGAGAGAGAACGGCUGUUCGAGAAACUUAAUGGGACAUCAGAUUUUAUAGGCUGGGCACUUCACAUACUGUCACCCAAUGUCAUCUCCACCAGCAUGCAGCAAAGGACUAAAUACAAUCUGAAUGCCUUGUCCCAUGACACAGCCAUAGGACUCAUUCAGCAUGCCCUGGACAAUGGAGUACAGGUGACCGAGGUGUUUGUAGAUACUGUGGGUCCUGCUGAGAAGUAUCAAGAGAAGCUGAAGAAGCUUUUCCCUGCACUGGAAGUGACUGUGAGGCCUAAAGCUGAUUCUUUGUUUCCUGUGGUUAGUGCUGCUAGUAUCUGUGCAAAGGUGGCCAGGGACCGGGUGGUGAAGGGCUGGAAGUUCCUGGAAGAUCUGGGAGAAGUUGAUGCGGAGUACGGCUCUGGAUACCCAAAUGACCCAAAGACUAAAGAGUGGCUCGCUCGGCAUCUUGACCCCGUCUUCGGAUACCCUCAGUUUGUGCGAUUCAGCUGGAGCACAACGCAGCUUAUCUUGGACACUAAAGCCGUCCCGGUGCUAUGGGGCGACGACGAGGAAGAGGCAGAUAAGUCAUCUCAAUCGCUUCUGUCGUACUUCGCUGCACCGAAGGAAUCCAAACCGCAGAGACACCGAUUCUUCCUGGAGAGACACCUGGAGCCCGUGACUGAUUUAUAGAGAGAUCAAUACA